CUUGCGCAAGAUCACUCCACAACUAAAUGCGAAUCUUUUAGCGGUGGAUCGUCGGUAGAAAUCUUCAUGGGCUGCGGUUCGUCCACGCCUGGAGCAGUCGUAAGUUUAUAAAAGUACAUAUUUUUCCCACUAUCGAUCUCUCUAUUCCAUAAUGUGAAAUCGUGCGUGGCAAGACGAAUAUUGGCCGUCUGACAGUAUUGGACAAAUAUACAGUCUUCUAUAAUACGCUGUGUGUGUGAAAAAUCAUAUUGUACCCUUCACUACACGUAGUGCUUAAACGAAACAAAAUCGGAGAUCGUGAUAGAUGGAAGAAAAGAAAAAUCUCCUUCAAACAAAUUUAAUCGCUACUAUGUAAAACACUUUUGCUUCGUCGAUUAAAUCAAGGAUGACAUUUGAAGAUUUAAAAGCCAGAGAGCAUGAAGGGAAAAGGCUUUUCUAAUAUCAUGUAAAAGUUUAUACAUAAAAAUGAAAAAAGAAAGACUGUUUGACGGAGGCUUCGGGUGCCAACAGGGUUCAGUAUCGAAUUUCUUGCUGUAAAGAAUAUAAAAUUUGCAUAUUAUCUUGAGAGUACACAGGUGAAAUGAAAUGCACAGGAGCAAAAAUAAGAGGUUAAUCAGUCUCUGCAUUAUCGAGAAAAAUAAACGCGUAGUUAAAAGGUACCAAACGAAUGUUUCCAUAUAUAUAUAUAUAUAUAUAUGUCAUAAGUGUCUCACAUUGUAUCCUCUAUGUAUUCGAAAACAGUUUGGUUAACUUAGAGCUGCCCUAAAAGCUAUUUAUCUAUUCGGAUUUGGUCGUCUCGUGAGUUUAAGUGGCUUUUUCGUCUCAUCCGAAACUGUUGGCUACCCUGAUGGGCCGACCGUCCGGUUGAAAGUUCGAGGACGUACAGUGGCCAUACUUGCAUUAGAAGAUUCUUGGGAGACCUUUUUUAUCAAUAAUUUCAUCUUUGUAAUAAAAAAAAAGCACAACCUCCGAAAAUCGUAGGCACAAGCUAUAUACCGAAUACCUUCAACGGUUAUCCAGACAUUUUAAGCGUUUCUCGAGAAUUCGAAAUUUCUAGGCAAUAUUUUGCUCCUUUGAACAGUUAUUUUAAAGAAAAAAGUCCUUGGGUGCCCAUGUUAGUUGCUUUGUCUCAAAGAGAGAGUCUGCUUAGCUUCUAUAGCUAGUUAAUACCUGACGGAUACACAAUUUUGUUCUUUUCACUUGAUCUCAAAAUCUCAAAACCGUUUGUGGUGAACCUGGAAAUCUCGUUUUUGGGAGUUUCACUUGUCCAGCUACUCAUAUUUUUGAACUAUUUGACUUUUUGUUUUGAAUUAUUUAGCAACUCCUUCAUAAUAUCUCCUCUUUCACAUUCCUCAACCCUAAAUUAAACAUUGAACAUGGUUACACCCCCCCCCCCCUAGACACACCAGCAACAAAAAAAAAUGAAAAAAAGGGGGGGUCAAAGGCAACCCAUUUGGCUACUAGUCCUUACAAGUAUGUCAAGGGAGUUGAACCUGGGAAAACCGAGAAACAAAGCCAGCAGCUGGUCAGAAGAGAAUUUAAACCUGGAACACCAGAUUGCAAGGUUGACAAAGAUGCUGACCACUUAGACAUAUGCCUCCCCAACCAUGUUGGCCAUGUCUUACAUAUGAACGCAUUAAUGCUAAUUUAUAAAUUUGGCUUUUGUUUCAAUUGAUAGGUGACAACUCAACAGCCAGCAACUGUAGUAGCAGCACCUGGUCAAGCUGUUGGUAAGACAACAUGUAUUGGUCUUAAAAUAAGUAAUAAAAUGGAAAUCAGUGAACAGUUUUGCAUCAUUUGAGUUAAACAAAUAAGAUCAUGACUGUGGUUGUAAUAAUGAGGUAGAAAAAGAUAAAGGGAGGACACAAACCAAACAGGCUCACAUGACUGGAGCUUCAACCUGGUUUCAGCAGUAUGAGUCUAGCGUGCAAAGAAAGUGGUGUCCGAGCCCGGGGCUAGUGGAUUUUGUUACUGGGCUAUUGAAUUCUGUUCUCAACUUGCUGACAGGCAGGUAAACUUUUUUGGGGGAACUCACUGUAAUCAAUCCUGCUCAUCAAAAAAAAAUUGGAAUUGGGGGGGCUAUAUAAAGUGACUCUUGGGCUAGUAAAUUCUAGCUACAGCUAGCCGGAAUGGCAAGCUGUAAAAAUGACUUUCUUUGCACCCUGAUAAGGCACCUAGGAUAAAUGUGACUUUCCUCUGGAUAACUCUUCUUCACAGAAGUUAUCUAACCUGGGUUACAAUAGGGAUUCAAUCAAUAACCAGAAAUGCAUUUUGAGUUUCCCUUUCAACCUAAGGUACAUGUAACUGGCAAAUCAAUAAUGGCUUUUUUAACAGGCCAAUCAUGGUGCAUUAUCAAAUCCUGGUACACAGGUGGGGGCCCAGAACAAGGAUAUCGGUGCUGUUUCACUAACAGACUAAACCAGAAGUUUGGUAAUUAUUGUGAAGAACAACUCCCCUAAACUGACAGACAACCAACAGUCCUCUGACAGUCGGCCAACUGUCGGUCAUGCUAGUCAAUUGUAUCUAUAGGUGUUUCAUUUUUAACAGUUUUUAGUGAGAGACUUGCCGCUGAAUUAUGUCUUAGGUGUUUCAUUCGUGCAGAUGUUACUGUCAGUGAGGUGUCCAUAAUAUGUCAGUAAUGUGUCACAUAACUGUCCGCCGACAGUUGACCAACUGUUGACUGACAGUCGGUUUGGGGGAGUAGUUCUUCACGAUUACCAGAAGUUUAGUUCCAUCUGUGGCAUAAGUGACCCUACUAGGCCAUUAAAGGGCCACACCAAAGCUGUAUGUCACUGGUGCCUAUUUAUAAACCACGGUCAAGAGGAACAUUGUGAAGAAAAGCUUCCUGUCUCAGGAAACAAUGCAGUAGCAAGUUUUGAACCCUGACUGCCAGAUGUAAAGUUCAAGAAGUUUCAACCCAUGGACACCACAGGCCCUCCAUUUUGUAAUUAUAAUGAGUUGGUUGAAUGUAGAGAGAGUAUAAAAAACUUAGUUGUUUCAUACUGGAUUAAUUUUUCUGUUAUAUUUUCAGUGCAAUAUCCUACAGCAUAUCCACAACAACGAAUGAUAGUAAACCAAGGGUACCCCCAACAGCGUGGGCCACCACCAGGGUACUAUAAUCAACGUGCUUAUGCAGGACCUCCAGGAUAUGGGCCCCCAGGGAUGGUCCAGCAGCCCCAAACAGUAGUUGUUCAGAAUAGAGACAAUGGAGGUGAUCUUCUGGUUGGAAUGGCAGCUGGUGCUGUUAUGGCAAAUGCUUUGCACGGACAUCACCACUAUGGCUACGGAACUCACAUCCAUGUGCACGACCAUGAUCAUUUCCAUGAUGGUGGAGAUCACUUUCACGAGCACCAUCAUUAUGGAGGGCCGGAGUAUCAUGAACAUUAUGGUGGAGAUGGUGGAGGGUUUGAUGGAGGUGGUGGGUUUGAUGGUGGUGGAGGUUUUGAUGGUGGUGGUGGGUUUGAUGGUGGUGGAGGUUGCGAUGACGGUGGUGGGUUUGAUUAG